AAAAAUCAACACCCAUGGAUUUUAUCUGACUGUGUAGAUCAGGUUUUUUUAUUCUGGAUAUCAUGGUAACAGUACAGGAAAUAUGCAUUAUUUCUCAUGUCUGCAAGUAGUCUUCACUGCUGAAGGAAGCAAUUUUUUAAGCUACAGCCAAAUUCAUUUUGGUACCUUUUAUGGAAAUCUUGAUUUUGUUUUUACUUUUUUAUAACCUUUUGCAAAGGGUAUGAACAAGCAAAGAGCUCAUCUCAUUAGGCAAGUCCACAUUAAUAAGAAUGCCUAGAAGAGGGUUGAUUCUUCAGACCCGGACCCCCUGGCUACUGUUGGGUCUUGCUUUACUCUGCAGUUUGAUAUUAUUUUUAUACCUUCUGGAGUGUGCCCCCCAGACUGAUGGAAAUGCAUCUCUUCCUGGUAUCAUUGGGGAAAAUUAUGGUAAAGAGUAUUAUCAAGCCCUCCUACAGGAGCAAGAAGAACAUUAUCAAACCAGAGCAACCAGUUUGAAACGCCAAAUUGCCCAACUGAAACAAGAACUACAAGAAAUGAGUGAGAAGAUGAGAUUUUUGCAGGAGAGAAAGAAUGUAGGGGCUAAUGGCAUAGGCUAUCAAGGCAACAAAGAACAAGCACCUAGUGAUCUUUUAGAGUUUCUUCAUUCACAAAUUGACAAAGCUGAAGUUAGCAUAGGAGCCAAACUACCUAGUGAGUAUGGAGUCAUUCCCUUUGAAAGUUUUACCUUAAUGAAAGUAUUCCAGUUAGAAAUGGGUCUCACUCGCCAUCCUGAGGAAAAGCCAGUUAGAAAAGAUAAGCGAGAUGAAUUGGUUGAAGUUAUUGAAGCUGGCUUGGAGGUCAUUAAUAAUCCUGAUGAAGAUGAUGAACAGGAAGAUGAGGAUGGUCCCCUUGGAGAGAAACUGAUAUUUAAUGAAAAUGACUUCAUAGAAGGUUAUUAUCGCACUGAGAAAGAUAAGGGCACACAGUAUGAACUAUUUUUUAAGAAAGCAGACCUUAUGGAAUAUAGACACGUGACUCUUUUUCGCCCUUUUGGACCUCUCAUGAAAGUGAAGAGUGAGAUGAUUGACAUUACUAGAUCAGUUAUUAAUAUCAUCGUGCCACUUGCUGAAAGAACUGAAGCAUUUGCACAGUUCAUGCAGAACUUCAGUGAGUCUAAUUUUCACAAUUACACCUUGGUCUCAUUGAAUGAAGAAUUUAAUCGUGGACGAGGACUAAACGUGGGUGCCCGAGCCUGGGACAAGGGAGAAGUCUUGAUGUUUUUCUGUGAUGUCGAUAUAUAUUUCUCAGCCGAAUUCCUUAACAGCUGCCGAUUAAAUGCUGAGCCAGGUAAGAAGGUGUUUUACCCUGUGGUGUUCAGUCUUUACAACCCUGCCAUCGUUUAUGCCAACCUGGAUGUGCCCCCACCUGUGGAACAGCAGCUGGUUCACAAAAAGGAUUCUGGCUUUUGGCGAGAUUUUGGAUUUGGAAUGACUUGUCAGUACCAAUCAGAUUUCCUGACCAUUGGUGGAUUUGAUAUGGAAGUAAAAGGUUGGGGUGGAGAAGAUGUUCAUCUGUAUCGAAAGUACUUACACAGUGACCUGAUUGUGAUCCGGACUCCGGUUCCUGGUCUUUUCCACCUCUGGCAUGAGAAGCGCUGUGCUGACGAGCUGACCCCUGAGCAGUACCGCAUGUGCAUCCAGUCCAAAGCCAUGAACGAGGCCUCUCACUCUCACCUGGGAAUGCUGGUCUUCAGGGAGGAGAUAGAGACGCAUCUUCACAAACAGGCAUACAGGACAAAUAGCGAAGCUGUUGGUUAAUGUAAUCAUUGACACAUUAUCUGAACCACAAACCAGGACUAUUUGUUUAGCCUUAAUUCCAAUUCUAGAUGCAGUGCCUCUUUCAGGAAGACAUGCUUUUGUGUUCUUGCUGAUGUUACUUCAGCAGUUUAACUUGGUGUGAGAAGAAAAAGCAGUGUUGCAAUGCAGAGUCUCUUUUUCUGAACAUACCUCACUAUGGAUCAUUGACAAAUCAAAAUCUGGUAUUUGUUCUGAGAGUAGUCUUGAGUUAAGUUCUACCUGGCUUCAUGUUCUGAUGUGUAUCCUGGUUGCAUCUGGGCUGAGGGGUGAAAUGUGUUGUGCUCAAGGUAGGUUGGAGCAUCCUAUUCCUUUAGAGAGGAUGGAGUGUUAUGGAUGGAGUGUGUCAACAAGGGUUCUUCACCUGCUGACCACUGAGUCAACCUGCUUGGUUUUAUAUGAAGAUCUUUGGUCAUUUGCUUAAAGAAUCCAUUUUCACUGAAGCAGAGGGUAACUAAAUGACAUAUCUAAAAUUCCCAACUAAUGAAGAGCAGGCAGAGAUAAAAAUUCCUCAGCUUUGUGUUGCCUAGCCCCCUGAAUGUCUAUUUUUAAACAAAUGGGUAAUAGUAGAAAAUACUAAGGAUAGAAUCUAUCACUUGAUCAAAAAUAUAAUGUGUUAUUAAUUUAUCAUCAUGUUCAGGAUUAGGAGUCAGAGUUGCUGUAGGCUGUUCUGAACAAAUAAAUAUGGAAACACCUUAAACGUAACAGUUAGUUAUGCUGGAAUACAGGACACUAGGGGUGUCUGGGAGCAUCAGUUUACAUGAGCCAAGGCUCUAGCAGGGCCUCCUUGUGGCUCAGAAUAGAUGAACAUAGCAUAGUGUUGUGUGUUUUUUGCUUUGUGUUGUCUCAUUUAGCAUGGAUCCAUAUGUUUGUUUUAUCCUUUUUGUCUUCUAUGUUAAUUAUGCUACAUCUGUAUUUACAUUAUUAUAAUACUUUGAGUUGAGGGGAGAAAAACCAAGCAAUUUAAUGAGGUAUGCCGUAAGAUCAUACUGAUUCAAGGAAAGGGGCAGAGCAGAACAUUGUCUAAAUGGAAAUCUGAAUUAUAGAGUAUUUUAGGGAAUAUAUAACUUGCAGAUAGAAUGAUGUUUUAAUUGAGGUAUAAAUUAUAUUAAUGAGACAAGAUGAGGAAGCAGUUACAUUCAGAUAGGACUGUACUGUGCUGUUUAUCACACAUGGAUCUUUUGCCAUAGGGUCAAGCGCUAUAUCCACAAAUUGGAGAUGUGGUGAAAGGCAUGCAUAGAUUUUUGAACCUUUGGCUUUUCAAAGGGACCUAUAAGGAAUUCUUUCUAUUGUAUAUAAACCUCUGAAAAUUCAUGGAAGACAAAUCAUUAUUCUUUUUGCUCCGUAUAUCAUAUCAUCUGAAAAUUAUAAGUCCCAAAUUUCUUGGUGCUACAUGAAUUCAAUUUUACAGUAACUCUUACUGUUCUUUUAAGUAUUAAGUUGGGAUUCCUUUUAGACUUGGUUUUUUAAGAUGUGUAAAAUGUUCUCUGCAAAAUUGUUCAGGUCAUUGUCUCCUUUUAUAUACAGUUAUUUAUUGUAAAGACCAGUGAAUUAAGAUAUUUAAAGUGAGAGAACCUAAUUAUUUACAGAAGUGAGUUGUAGUUUGUUUUUUGACAGAACCAAAUGAAUUUUUUCUUUUUUAAAAAACAAGCUUUUAAUUUAAAUAUGGAAGCUAAGCAAUGGAAACUUUACUAUGUUUUUGAUAGUAAAAGGUACCAAUAAAGUAUUUUAUUACCAAAAGUUAAAUCAAAAUGUGAUAAGCUAAUUUCUUUCUGUUGAAAUGUAUCAAAUACAGAAAAUUGCAUGACAUAUAACUGUGUACUUUAAAGAAUAGUGACGCCAACACCAGUAUAGCAGCUAUUCAGAUUAGAAUCUCAAACUUUGUUGAUGAAAGGCCUCUGUGUGCACUUUCUUAAUCACAUACCCUCACUCUGUCCAUAUUAGUCACUAUCCUGAUGAUUUUUGUGAUAAUUUUUCACUUAUUUUUCUUCACUGUUUUCCCAACUAUGUAUGUAUAUCUACACAAUAGACUAUUUUGCCUGUUUUGAAUUAAUAUGUGUAUUAUUUCAUCAUAUAUUCUCUAACAGUCAGUGGUGUUUUUUUUGUUCAUUCAUGUUAAUCUCAAAGUUAAUUCAUUUUAAUUACUGAUUAGGAUUCCACUAAAUGAAUACACUGCAGUAUUCUUUCUACUCUUGAUAGAUAUUUGGAUCACUCGUUUUUUUAUGUUGUUUGUUUCCUUAUUUGCUUUGGCUGUCACAAGCAGUGUUGCCAUGAAUACUGCUGUGUGUAUCUCUUACGAGCAUUUGAGAACUUCUCUAGGAGUAAUGAUGCUAAGUCACCAGUUGUGUGUAUAUUCAACUUACUUCCCAAAGUGGACCACUUCCAGCACUGUAAGAGAUUCACUUUGCAUUCCUGGCAAUACUUAAUUAUGUCAAACUUUUUAAUUCUUGCUAAUCUAGUGGGCUUUAGGCAUGAAUUGUAGUUAUAAUUUUCAUUUCCAGUCUUUUUGCCCAUUAUUAUAAAUUCAUAAGAAUUCUUCACAUAUUCUGAGUACUAAUUCUUACUGGUUAAAUAUUUGCAAAUAUCUUCUCUGGGAUGUAACUGUCCUUUCCCAUUCUUCAUGGUACUUUUUGAUGAAUAAAAAUUAACUUCAAUGUGUUUAGUUAAUCUUUUUUCCUUUAUGUAUUCUUUUUAUUGUUAAUUUUUGACAUCAUAAUGGGGAAAAGUAUUUUAAAGCUGUUGUUCUGUAUUAUCUUCUGCGUACCUCAUACAUAGCUUUAUUCUGAAGAAUUGUCAUGGUUAUUUGUAACCUUUGUACUUUCAUAAAACUUUUAGAAUAAGCUUGUUAAGUUUCAUGAAAA